AGGCGGAGAGCAGCUUCUCUCUGUCUUACAAAGAGAGGAUAGGAACACAAGCAAGAGCAAGGCAUGGAACCCAACGAUAAUUGUACAUACGCCCGGGCAACUGGGGCAUCUACGGAGCCUCUCCCCUGCCAAUUAGCUAAUGAUAACAGACGGGUGUCAUGAUUAGAAAUAUGCUCCCCUGGCAAUGCAAGGAAAACACUGCAGAAUUGAUCCAUUACGAAACUCCGACUUGCGCCCCGGAGAAAAAAAUUCAAAGGGUUCCACGUCUUUGCCUCGCCAUUGCUAUUACUCGUGCUAAAGUUGUUCAAUGGGCUCUGGACGCGAAGCUAAAGAGAGUCUCCGCCGGAGCCGGCGCCACUAGUGGCUUACCCGGCACAUGCCGACGCAGGCCGGCCGCCAAAAGACAUCCCGACUAUCGGACGCGGGAUCCCGGGAUUCUGUUUGGUGAAGCGGAAUUGCUUGUGCUUGUGCUCUACAUCGUAAUUGUGGUGGUCAUGCAGAUGAUACAGAGGCAGUGAUACCGUUGCAGUUUUCCAAUUGAAGCACGAAACGACGACACGAAGAAGUAGGGAGGACGAGGAGGCGCCGGAGCACCCUAUCG